GGAGGCGGUUCUUCGUGUCCUCCACUCAUCCUCUCUCAGCUCUCCCCGCCUCACUCGCUCGCGGUGCUCGGCGUCGGUUCGGGGGGAGCAGAGACGGCUGCACACGUCUGGAAGUCACUUUAAUGGCCAUAUACGAGAAGAAACCCGGAGGACCUUAAACACCUCGACAUUUUUUUUCCUCCCCUACCAACCAUAUCUGCCCGGCUGCAGCAGGACACCAACCGCCUCGGAUGAAUAUCCCGGUGCUGAAACCUUAACGGUCCACAUUCAGCUUACCUGGCACAGGUUCGCCGCCUCUGACCGCCUUUCCUGUUCCGAGCUAGCAGAACCUGGAUGACCUUACAUCCCCAUUUGGGUUUAUUUAUUCAUAUACAUAUAUAUUUCUUUCACAUUUUGAAUUUGAAAGAAAAAUGUGAUUCCCCGUGUUUCCCGGGGAGGAAGCCGAGCCCCUUCGUUGGCAUCUGACACAGCUGUGGGUCGUGUCGUGAAGAUUAACGUCGCUUUUCCUCCGCUCCCCCCCUCCCCGGCUUUGUGUUCAGCCCCGAAUAAGCAACAUGAGAGGAGCGUAACCAGGCGCGCAUCUCGCUCACGUUUUCCUCCCUCCUCGCACAUCUGCGGAGAGAUAAAGGGUAAAAGAGGAAGAUGGAAAACGAGGCUUUCACCCCACUGCUGGAGCAGUUCAUGCUCACGCCUCUGGUCUGCUGGGUGAAGAGUGUGGGGCACUCGACAGUGGCCGACGGCAGCCCGUUAUCGGCAUACGUGGAGCUGGUGGACGGGAUUUACCUGAACGAGAUCAUGCUGGAGAUAAAUCCCAAAACUACGGUGCAGAGGACCAACAAGAAAGUAAACAACGACCCCACGCUGCGCAUUCAGAACCUCUCUAUUCUCAUCAGGCAGAUUAAAGCCUACUAUCAGGUAACAUGCUUUUCUUAA